CAAUUUUCGCGAGUGAAAACGCAGUGAUGGGGAAGUGUCGUUUCAAACCAGGGUGGUUAACUGAAUAUUCCUGGGUACAGAAAACAAAUGACAUUCGAAAAGCACAUUGUCGAUAAUGUAUGAAGACCAUUGAUGUCGGGGGGAUGGGGGAAAGCGCUUUGAAAAGCCACAAGAAAACAUGAAAUUGAGAAUCAAUAUGUUUGUUUGUAAUAACUUUAAAAAGUAAAUACAUAUGUGAGACUCAUUGAGUUAAGGAUGGAUAUUAAAAACAUGUAUUUGUAUGUAAUUAAAUAACAUGUAUGAGUUAAUAUGGAAUAAGUUUAAUGAGUUUGAGCAAUUAAAUGACAUUUAAUGUGUUAAUCUGGUUUGAAAAUGCAUUUUUUUAAAGGAAACUAACGUACUGUUCUUGGCCUUGAAAAUGAAAAUUUGGCCUUAAAAAGUCCUUGAAAAGUGCUUGAAUUGAGGUUUGCGAUUUCUGUUUGAACCAUGAAUACGUAUCCCGUUACGUAUUGUAUCGUACACACUGUACCGCGAUACGUAUAGUAAUGAAGGGGAGCGUAUCAUGACACCCUUAAUAAGAAUAGGAUUUUUUUUUAUAGAUGAACAGUGGUUGAUAAAGGGUCUAGAAGCCCAAAUAUUAUUAAAUGCAUGAAUUAAUACAUUUGUAAUCAAUUUGAUCACUUUGGUUGAGAUUACCAAUUAAUAAUAUAUCAAUGAAAAAAACAUUAAUCAUGUUAAAAAAUAAGUUUUAAUUAAUUUCAUUGAUUUUUUUUCGAGUAAUUGACCACAUGUCUGCCCAGUUGCAACUGAGAGUAACAUUCUUUUGUGACAUAGACAUUUUGCUUCACUUUAUUAUAAACGCUAUCACACUGCAGUUUAUAAAUUAAAGGUCAACAGAAGAAAUCUGACUAACUGUUCAUAUUUUAUAAAGUAAUACCAUAUUAUAACAACAAAGUAAAAAAAUAAAAUUAAAAAAAAAAGUUAGAGCUAAAAAAACGAUGAUUUUGAUGAUCGGGAAUUUCCGUAACGCGUUCGGCAAUUUCCGCCGCUAUUUUACCCCGAUGACGUAUGUGUGCACCACUGCGCAUGACGAAUAUUCCCAUGUUAUGUACAGUAUGCACUGAAGCAUGCAAAUUUCCCUAAAAACUUCAAGGAUUACAAGACUGUGUUGAUCAUUCACUUGCAUAUACUUAAUUUAUAAUCUCUUUUGUGUUGAUUACGAGUCGAACUUUUACAUGACAUUGAGGAUUUACUGAUUUAUAAGAUGGUUCAAUGUGCAGCGUUUGGCUGCAAUGCUCGUUCUGAAAAGCAAACGGAGAAGAAAGGAUUCUUCGGCUUCUCAAAGGACGAAAGUAUUAAGCGGAAAUGGAUUCAAGCCGUGAAUUCACGAAGGAUUAUCGACGGAAAGGUGGUGGACUUUACGCCAAGCAAAUAUGCAAAACUCUGCAUAAAACAUUUUGAGGAUAAGUGCUUUGUCCACCCCCGGCCCGAGUGUGAUGGCGAGUGCUGGCUUUGGGGCGGGCUUUGGGAUGAGACUGUCGCUGCAUCCUGAUGCAGUGCCAACUUUGUUCCCUGACACGGACAACUUCAAGGCAUUACAGCCGAAAGCCAGACGAGUUAGGAGCCCCCAAACGGAAACGUGACAACUAUGGUGUUUUUUCCAAGAGAAAUCGCAAAACGGCUCGAAGGCGCACAAGGAAUUACUGUUGGUCAUCGGAAGCAAGCGUCUUCUCUCUGACAUUCGCAUGACAUUCGCAUGCUGUCACCAGCUGAACAGACCUCGAUGCUGGAGGCUCAACACAAGGUGGUCUGCCAAAUUGCGGCAAAAUUUGUCUGCUUUUCAUACGCAGCAAUGAAACAGAGAUUGCAUCUGGCAGCCCUGCAUUCCGUUUCUAAUGCGCACAGGAAACAUGCAGAGACGAAGAACGGCGAAAAGCGCUACAGGAUUUCGUAUCCAAAGUACAAGGCGGGACACCAUGUCGUGAAACCUGUCAAAGAGGCCUGCAAUUAUGAUUAUGUCACAGAGCUCAUGGUUGAAUUGCUGCAAGUAAAACAACAGUUCAAGAGCACCCGGAUUGCUAAGCAGGCAUCUUCUUCCAUUCUGUUCUCUCCACCACCAUUAGCAUCAUCUGCGAAGAAAAUUUUAAAGAAUGAAGCAGUGCAGUUGCACCGCUCUAGGUUUAAUUAAUUACAGUAAUUGGAAACAACUUGGCAUGCCAUUUGUCAUGUAUUGCUCCAGCUGGGUUUAGUGUACGUGCGUAAGGUGUCAUCCCAGAUUAGCCUGUGCCAUAUAUGUUUGUAAUUAAUUUAAAAAAUCCUCGCGCUGGAAAGAUGGGACAAAGCGUGCGCAAAAUAUCUCGUCCCAUAUUAGCCUGUGUCCCUGAUAAGACUGUGCAGACUCGACGUGAACACAUGAUAUGCCCCAAGUUUUAUAUGACAAUGUCUACGAAUGUGCCCUUUUGACAAAUUAGAACCUAGCUGAAGCACUGAUCACGUAUUGUUUCAAAUUAACAUAGCAACUACAAUUAUUUUUUUGAAAAAUGUGAAUGUAUUAUUUUGACAAAUAUGCUGUAAUAAUAGUUUUCCCAUUGUGUGCUAUACUGUUAGUAUAAAAAUGUUAAUGUCAACACCUUUAUUUUUAAAUGUUGGGACCAUGUAGUGUUUUUUGUGUGAUAGUAUUGGUCUGUAAAAGGAUUGUAGGACAUAAGCCCCCCAGGACAAAACCCCCCCA